AUGACGUCAGAAGCUCCGGUGUACUGAACAGUUCUCAGAAUAGAAUCAUAGAGUAUAAUUCUUGGAAUUGGUUCAUUUUAAAAGCCGAACCCACACACCCUCCCUCACAUGCUAAGAACCCAUUUUAGAGACAACACUCAUCUGCUGCUCUGUAUCCUAUUUUUCUACAUUUCACAUUUAUUUUAGUGCUUUUGAAUUAGUUUAUUCAUUUUCGGAUGCGUCUCUAUUCACUGAACAUUUGCGUGAGACAUUAAUUAGAAUAAAAUAAUUACAUUCCUUUGUAUAGACCAGCUAUAUUUUCGUAAAACCCGCUGUGGAAUUAGACUAUUGUGGAAUAUUGAAGACUCACCAUCAUGAUUCUUUGUGUUCAAGGCCCCAGACCACUGCUGUCUGGCAGCCCCACAGAGGGCCCUGUGGGCAUGCGGACAGGGAGCAUCUCCUCACCUCACUGCCUUCACAGCACCCCUCCACAGUGGGACCCCACGAAUGAUCUGCGCACCAUCGCCAAAAACUUCUUCUACCUUGAUACCUCAGGCUGGUACUGGGGAGCCAUCACAGCAGGUCAGGCCCAUGCAGCUCUCCAGGCAGCGUCAGAGGGGGCCUUUCUGAUUCGAGACAGCAGCCAUCCCCUGUACAUGCUGACCCUGUCUGUUAGGACUGCCCGUGGCCCCACCAGUAUACGCAUCCAGUACAGUGGAGCCCGGUUUCUGCUAGACUCCAGCUCACCAGCCCGACCCAGCCUUUUGUCCUUUCCUGAUGUGCCUAGCAUGGUGCAGUACUAUGUAGGACCAACAAGGAGGGUGCAGAAGGGCAAGGUGGAGGAGACUCAUGGCGCACAGCCCGCCCAGAGGACAGUUCAGGAGAGCACAGUAGUGCUGAAGCUCAAGCGGGCCCUGCACAAGCCCCAGGCCUUCCCCUCCCUCCAGCACCUCACACGCCUCACCAUCAACCGCAGCACAGGCUGUCCGGACCAGCUGCCACUGCCACGCCCACUGGUGCGCUACCUGCAGGACUACCCCUUCCAUGUAUGAGGGUCCUCUGGUGCUGAAUUAAACGAAACAGUUCAACUAAACCUUGAGGAGCGCUGUCAGUAAGAGGUCCCUGGCAGCUGGAAACAACAUCACUGCACUGGACACUAAUGGAGCCACAUCAGACAUACGGUUGGUCAUGAGACCAUGUUUGGGAAAGAACCUUCCAGAAAAUGGUGCCUGGUUUUGGAUUCUGUGUACCACCCCAAUUCACAGAGGUGAUUGACUGGAAAACACAUGGUGCUAACUGUAGUGUAUCCUCGUGCUAUGAGGGGUAACGUUUUCUUUCUGUUUCUGAGCAGUGAAUUGCUUUUCAGUCACAGAUGUAAAUUGUUAAAUUUUUUGUUUAGUCAACAUUGUCAUUUUUUACCGCCCCGACACUGUACAUAUCCCUUUUUUUAUUAAAACAAUAUUAAAUGAGU